ACGCGCGUACACCGCUUCCAGGAAUCGUAACAAAAAAACAAUCGUCAUUCAAGAUGCCUUUUCUUUCCGAUGCCGAGCUCGAGGACGAUGACCUGGUCCGCAUUCAGAGUGACCUUUUCGAGUAAGUAUAUUUUCCAUCGACUAGACCCCUACAAAGUCGCACAUUCCCAAGUAGGUAUGGAAGCUCAUGAGCCCCGCCGACCUUUCCGUCUAUUUACUGUGUUGCGAUUCACCUCUUCACAGAACCUUGCCAGCUAACCAAGCUGCCAGUGAGUAUAACGAGCCACGUCAAAUCUCCGAAGAUAUCGCACCUAGCCAGCCUGUACCCGCCGGUGUUACCGUUGUCACUAUGGAUGAUAAGCUAGAGCUGAACGCCCCUGUUGCUGGUAUGGAGGGUGAAACAAGCAAGCGUGCCAUGCCAUCCCGGUCUCUCUCAGCAACGCCCGCGCAGUCUGCUUCGAAAACCCCGAAGUCAGCAAAGAGCACGAGCUCCCGCACGCCCAAGAGUUCCCUGAAAAGCACUGAGAAGAGCAGCGGGCGCAAGCGCAAGGCCGUGGAGAUCGAGGAACCCAGCUCGGAAGGGGAGGAGGAAGUAAAGGAUGUCACUCCUGCAAAGCGUGGUCGCAAACCCGCCGCCGCUCCUAGCGCUCGUCUUGCUGCCAAAGCUGCCAAAAAGAAGCCCGGUCGUCCUGCAUCCACCAAUGGCACAGCCGUAAGUUCACAAGAAUCAACCAUAGCGACAUGUUCAUUCUAACCAGUCGAACAGAGCAAAGAGAAGCCCAAGGGCAAGGCUGGUCGCCCCAAGAAGGAUGUCGCUUCUGAUGUCGUUCCUAAGGGAGAAUACGAGGUCGAGGCCAUCGUCGACUCAAUGAU